GUACCCAUCGCAAUGCGACUGCUUCUGAUUUGCGGACCGGAGUACAAGCUCGCGUGUCACCAUUCGCUGUGUCUUGCGGAUGCCAUGAAACACGCUGCCUCCCCACAGCCUUCGAACUCUGUUCCUCAUGCUUCGCCUUGGGUACAUCCUCGCUUUCACUCUAGGCGUUCUUUAGGAUCGCCGCCAUGUGGGUUGUGUUCACUGCUCGGCUCUAGGGUCUCAAUCCAGAGCGUAAAUUGGCGCGCUUUCGCUCGCGUCUUCACCCGUUGACUGCUCGCUCCGACCACUCGAAUUUUUUUCCCGCUCCACAUCGAUUGGGCAUCAUGAUGAAUCUGCUGCUCAGACAGGUUUGGGCGUUGAUACGCAAGAAUCUUCUCAUCAUCUGCGUUAGAAGGCCCAUAUGGACAUUCAUUCGCGCAUUCAUUAUCCCUCUCGCUAUCGUGCUCGUUGUAGCCUACAGCAAGGAAUUCUUCGCCUCAGCCCAGACUUGGGGGGUCUCGUCUCCGCAUACUAUCCGGUCAUUAAAGGACGGGCUAGCGGCGAGUAACGGGCGUGACAUUGUGGGCUUCGUCGACAAUGGCAUGAAGGGCGGAGAUGUCUCUUCGCUCAUUGACUCGCUCUCGCGAACUAUCAGCGAGGCUGGCAGGACCCCAAAGCUCUACGACGAUACCUGGGCGCUCGCACAAGACUGCGCAAGUGACACGAAGGGCGUUUCGAAGUGUUAUGGAGCGGUCGUGUUUUAUGGGAGUCCAACACAAGGCACCAACAUCAGUGAAAAGGGAACCUGGAACUACACCGUCCGAGGGGAGAGCUCUAGCUAUGGGGGCUUUGCCAAUGUCAGGAGCGACAAUUACGGCCCGGAACUCUAUCUUAUGCCGCUCCAGCGUGCCGUGGACAUCGAGAUCAUUUCGCGCUCCAUGUCGGAUGGAACUUCUGCGCUUCCUCCAACGAUGAAGACAGUUGUCUAUACGAACGAAGAGCAAUCCAUCCUGGAUGACUCUAGGACCAGCAAUUACUUGGCGCUUUGUAUCUACGCUUUCGGCGCAAUCUUCACGUUCACGCUUGUUGAAAUCGUGUAUCACUUGACGUCCUUCGUCGCUUCCGAACGCCAACUAGGAAUGUCUGGCCUCAUCGAUGCCAUGAUACCGGGCGGUUCGAACAUCCGAGGAAGAUUGGCGCGACAGAUCUCCACCUACAUCUCCUUCGCAUUGAUCUACCUCCCCAGCUGGAUCGCUGUCGGCGUCGUUAUUAGCGUUCUCGUCUUCCCCAAUACAUCCAAGGGCAUCCCGGCCGGCUAUACGGUCUUUGCUGGCCUCGCUUUCACUGGCCUCUCUCUCUGCGGCGCUUCAUUCUUCAAGAAGUCCCAGCUCAGUGGAUCCAUCAUGGUCGUCAUUGCGCUGGUGUUCGCUAUCCUACCACAGACCCUUUACGAGCAAACCCAGGUUGCAUGUGCCAUCUUGAGCUUCUUAUUUCCGUCGGCCAACUUCACCUACUUCAUCACGGGCGUGGCACGGUUCGAGGCUGGCAAUGUCAAAGUGGAGAUGUGGAAGCACGCUCCCGAAUCCGAGGAAUGGCGCAUCAAACUCGGCAUCCACUGGAUAUUCCUCGCUAUUCAGAUUGUGGUAUACCCUGUCCUGGCUUUCUUCGUGGAGCAACUGCUGUUCUCUACCGCAUCUUCAAAUAGGACGUUCUCGAAGCCAGUGCAUCCGCAAGAUUCGACUGUAAUGUUGUCCUCAUUUUGUAAAACCUAUAAGGCGGGCAUCUUUGGCCGUCUGUUCAAACGCCGCAAAGAUGUCAAAGCAGUAGUCGACAUGAAUCUCAAGGCGUAUCGGGGACAAAUCCUUUGCCUCCUCGGACCAAAUGGUAGCGGCAAGAGUACAACGAUGAAUUGCAUCUCUGGACAACACAAGGUCACAUCUGGCAGCAUUGCCAUCGAUCCGAGCGGCGGCCUUGGCUACGCGCCGCAGCACAACGUGAUAUGGCCUGAUCUUACCGUCGAUGAGCAUAUUCGCAUCUUCAGCGACCUCAAAUGCAUAUCAGCAGUCAACGAAGAGAUCGUCGCCGAGCUAGUCCGUUCCUGCGAUCUUUCCAAGAAGCUCCCUUGCAAGGCGAAAACGCUCUCGGGAGGCCAGAAGCGCAAAUUGCAGCUAGCUAUGAUGUUUGCUGGUGGCUCCGCCGUAUGCUGCGUAGACGAGGUGUCUACAGGUUUGGAUCCCAUUUCUCGACGAAGGAUCUGGGAGAUUCUCUUGGCUGAGCGCCAGCGACGGACGAUCAUCAUGACAACGCACUUCCUGGAUGAAGCUGAUUAUUUGGCCGACAAUAUCGCGAUCAUGUACAAAGGCUCGCUCCGAGCCGAAGGAACAUCGGCCACCCUGAAGAACAGAUUCGGAAACGGCUAUACGAUCAAGCUCCCCAACCACAUGGACCUUGACAUACCUUUGUCCGGCCCGGUUGAGAAGGAAGCAUCGCGACAUCAGAUGGUCUAUCGAGUUGGAAAUGCUGCGCUGGCGGCCGAGCUCAUUGAAUAUCUCGAGGCGAAAGACAUCCAUGACUACCAGAUCUCCGGCCCAACCAUGGAGGAACUCUUCCUGAAAGCAACAGGCGACACCAUCGCUUCGGCAGAAAGCACUUCAUCGAGCAAGCCUGAGGAAGAGGACAAAAGCGGAACGGCCGUGGUAGUGAACGUAAACGACACUUACGAACUCGUUGAUGGUCGGCCAAUUUCCGUCUUCAAGCAGUGGUACAUCCUCCUGGGCAAGCGAUUCCGGAUUCUACGCCGCAGGUGGAUACCUUAUUUCGUUGCGGUGGCUUUCGCCCUUGUGGGCGCUGGAAUAGCGCCACUGUUGAUCAAGAGCUUUAGCAAGCCAAUGAAGUGCCCGGUCCAACAGGACCUCAUCUACGAUUACACCUACCGUUCGGACUUUGCCUCGAACUAUCAACCGCGGUAUCUUUUCGGUCCUCCGGACAAGCUCAACAACGCCAGAAUAGCCCAGAUGGCAAAUGUCUAUUCGUUGAACCACACUGCCUAUCCUGACAUGUACGGCUACCACAACGGCACGGAACUCAGGGACCAGCUCGUCCUCGUCAAUUCCUUCGAAGAACUCAUCCAGAAAGUUGAGGAUACCCAACACAACUUCUACGACAACUAUGGAUCAUAUUACGACAGGCGCGUAGAUGGAGGACUUUGGAUGACGGAUGAUUCCCCGACUGUGGUUGCCAACGUCCAGCAGGCCAACGCCGUGUCGGAAAUGUUGAAUUUCUUCGACAACCUUCUCAGUGGGGUGCCGAUAUCUUCCAGCUACCAGGAAUUUGCACAGACCCAGAUCCCCGAGGUGUUCGAUUACAAGCCACUGCUGUUCAUGAUUUACUAUGGGCUUAUCUUGGCCGUGUACCCAGCAUUUUUCGCGCUAUACCCGACCAACGAGCGUAUAUCAAACGUCCGAAGCAUGCAGUACUCGAAUGGCAUUCGCCCGGUACCGCUAUGGCUUUCGCACUUGGCUUUUGAUGGCAUCUUCAUUCUCGUCAUCAGCGUCGUUGCCACAGCUCUGCUCUCCGCUUCCACCCCCGUCUGGUUUGGGCUAGGCUACAUCUUCCUUAUCCUCUUCUUGUACGGUAUCACUUCUGCACUUUUAACUUACGUGAUCUCCAUAUUUGCGAAGUCAGCGGUGACGGCUUGGUUCAUGAUCGCGCUGGGUCAAGUGGUCUUCUAUUUUGGUUACUUCGGCGGCUUAAUCGGCGUUCAGUCCGCAAACGCGUAUCAAGACCUGGAGCACAACCUCAAUGCCCUCUACUUCGGCAUGGGUAUAUUCUCGCCAGUCGUGAGUUUAGAACGAGCCUUCGCGAUCGGUCUCGGCCAGCUCGCGCUUCUCUGCAACGGACACAGUGCCGGCUCCAUCUACCUCUACGGCGGCCCCAUCCUCUAUCUCAUCUUACAGGGUAUCUUCCUCUUCGUUCUGCUCCUCUGGUGGGACAGCUCCUUCAUGAUACCCUCACUCCGCUCGCACAAGCCUUCGCGCGAUCCCGAGUCCGAGGAUGUGUAUUCCAGCGACCUGCUCGCCGAGCUCAAGCGUCUCACAUCCGCCAACACCGAUCUCCGCGUCGAAUCAGUCUCCAAAUCCUUCGGCAAGAACCUCGCCGUCGACAACGUAACCUUUGGCGUGCAAUCCUCCGAGAUCUUCGCCCUACUGGGUCCCAACGGCGCUGGCAAGUCCACCAUCAUCUCUAUGAUCCGCGGCGAUAUCAAGCCCUCCACUUCCGUCUCCGCAAUCGACAUAGCCGGCCACUCCAUCCUCAGCUCCCCAGUCGCCGCGCGCGCAAACCUAGGCGUAUGUCCGCAAUUCGACUCCGCCGACGUCCUCACCGUCUCCGAAACGCUGCGCUUCUUCGCGAAAACCCGCGGCGUCUCAAACAUCGCGCACAACGUCUCCACCGUAAUAUCCGCUUGCGGCCUCGAGCCCUGGGCCCACCAGCUCGCGCAGAAGCUGUCCGGCGGCACAAAGCGCAAGCUCUCGCUCGCGGUCGCGCUCGUCGGCAACCCGCGCGUCCUCGUCCUCGACGAACCGAGCUCAGCGCUCGACGCGGCCGCGAAGCGGAACAUGUGGCGCUGCCUGCAGAGCAUCAGCAAGUCGCGCGCCGUCGUGCUCACCACGCACUCGAUGGAAGAAGCCGACGCGCUCGCGGACCGCAUCGGCAUCGUGAGCUCGCGCAUGCUGGCCGUCGGCGAGCGCGAGGAGCUCAAGAAGCGCGCCGGCGACGCAUUCCACAUCCACCUCGUCUCCUCUUCCGCGCCGAACACCACGCCGCAGGAACUGCAGGCCAUGAAGGACUGGAUCGGCGCGGAGUUCCCGGAGGCGAAGGUCAGUCGCGAGACGCAGGGCGGGCAGAUUCGAUUCGAGGUGCCGGCGGAGGGGAGCAGUCUUGGGCGAUUGAUCAGGCUGCUGGAGGCGGUGAAGGGGGAUUUGGGGGUGGAGUUUUAUAGUGUGGGGAGGGCGACGUUGGAUGAGGUGUUUGAGAAUAUUGUGAGGCGGUAUGGGGAGUAUGCUGAGAAGUAGAGCAUGGUGGUGCUGGAAAGAAAUAUUCAUGGAUACCUGUAGUAUCAUUUGAUACGCUAAUAGAAUGAAAAGCCUUGGCUUAAAGGAUGUUAACACUG